AUGCUUAACUCUACUGAUGUGACAGAGUUUAUUCUUUUAGGACUAACCAGUUGUCAGGAAUGGCAAGUUGUCUUCUUCAUAGUUUUUCUGGUUGUCUAUAUCGUCACCAUGGUGGGUAAUAUUGGCAUGAUCUUAUUAAUUAAGUUCAGUCCACAGCUUAACAGCCCAAUGUACUUUUUUCUCAGUCAUUUGUCAUUUGUUGAUGUGUGUUUUUCUUCCAAUGUCACCCCUAAAAUGUUGGAAAAUCUGUUAUCGGAGACCAAAACUAUUUCUCAUGCUGGUUGUUCGGUACAAUGUUUCUUCUUUUCCCUCGUCCAUGUAGAGAUUUUUAUUCUUGCUGUGAUGGCCUUUGAUAGAUACAUGGCCAUUGGGAACCCUUUGCUCUAUGGCAGCAAAAUGUCAAGGGUUGUUUGUAUUCGACUGAUCUUCCCUUACAUAUAUGGUUUUCUGACUAGUCUGGCAGCAACCUUAUGGACCUACGGCUUAUACUUCUGUGGGAAAAUUGAGAUCAGCCAUUUCUACUGUGCAGACCCACCUCUCAUCAAAAUGGCCUGCGCAGGGACCUUUGUAAAAGAAUAUACAAUGAUCAUACUUGCAAGCAUUAAUUUCACAUAUUCUCUGACUGUAGUUACCGUUUCUUAUGUGUUCAUUCUCAUUGCCAUUCUACGGAUGCACUCAGCAGAAGGGAGGCGAAAGGCGUUUGCCACCUGUGGGUCCCACUUGACAGCAGUCAUCAUCUUUUAUGGAACACUUAUUUUCAUGUAUCUCAGACGUCCUACAGAGAAGUCCGUGGAGCAGGGGAAAAUGGUGGCUGUGUUUUAUACCACGGUCAUUCCCAUGCUGAACCCCAUGAUCUACAGUCUGAGGAACAAGGAUGUGAAAGAGGCUGUGAACAGAGUGAUCAGCAGAGCAUGUUUAACAAGACAAAAUUGA